UUACAUGUUCAUAAAAGUACAUUUAAAAUUGGACUCGCGCGCAAAACAAAAGAGUAUCUAGAGUUUAAUCCGUCACUUCAUGCUCUGUGAUUCGAAUUAGUUCUCUCGACGUAAUUUAGGACCAAAUUACAAGUAUAUAAACAUAAAAUUCGGCAUAAAAAAUGUUAAACGCGUUGAGAUAUGCCACGAUGUUUCAGUCCGUUCGCGCAAUUUUCAACUCAACGAUGAAUCGAUUAGGAGUUUAUGCGUCGACAAAGAGGUUCAAAGUUUAGUCGUAUAGUUCGUGGAACGGAUCAGAGCAAACGAGAAGUCGUUAACUGCACGAAGUUCGAUGUAAAAACGCCGGUGAACGUUCUUCCGAUAGAUUUUAAAUCGCAAAAUAUUCAACGUGUCAAUAUUGUGUAGAAGUUAUGUAUUUGCCGUUUUAACUCAAAAGCGUAAUUUUUUAAAUCAUCGAUACGUAUUAAGUUUUUUAAAAAGAAUUUCGUAUCGUUCUUUGCAACUGAUUUACAGCCUUCGACCGAGAAUACAAUUUUCUUUCAACCGAGACCUUGCUCGAAGAUCGGUUUCUUUCGCACGAACGAUCAAUUAAACGCAAUUGGAUCAUUACGACACUUUAGUAGAUACAAUAGGUAUUAACGCGCUUUAGAAAUGGUUUUUAUUGAUGGCGUUCAAACGACAAUUUUUUCAUGAUUUUUUACGAGAAUAAAUAGAGACAAAGUGUAGAAUAGAAUUAACAUUUAUAAAUAACGACUAAUUCAUUAAAAAGAUUAAAGAGACACGUUGAUGUGAUGCCAGACAGUGAAAUAACCCACUGGUAAACGGCUGUCUACUAAGCACCACUGUCUACGAACGUCCGCGUUAGCAUAUCGCGUUACCAGUUCGACGGAUUUUGCAACUUAAUUCCCAGUUUGUCAUUGACCGAGCACGAAUGCUUCUUUAACCGGUCUUAAUUAUUUAUAAUCGUAAAGUCAUUUGUUUCCAGUAUAUGGAGCAAUUGUACCGUUAUAGGAUCAUAAUAAAAUAUCGAUCGUGAUUUAUUUGAAACCUUUUCGUAAAUGUCAACCGUUAGCCCAUUGGUAAUUACCGUGAAGCCGUGGAAAAUAAUAGUAUAACAAUAUUUGUAUGUAAAUGUUAUUGCCAACAAACGAAAAUUCAUGCGUCAUAGAGACAUUUACACCUAAUUAAGAGAACCGUAAUAAUUAUCACGCACCGUUCCUUAAUGCGAUAUUAGAAAAUUAUUCCUUAUUUUUUACCGAACGAUCUAAAAAAAUACAGUUUUAACAAUGCAUCGUACACGUACGUCUUUGUUAUUGCAUCACGCAGCGCACAAACAACCGAAGCCAAAAAUUUCGGUCGUCUUGACUAUUUUUAAUCUUAAUUCUUAUUUUAAGUAUGCUUUGUGUUAUAAACAAAAUAUAAUCGGUAUAAAGUGGAAUAAACAUGUGGAUAAACGAGGCUACCUGUUGGGAGCAACGAAACGGUCAGCAAUUUUUACCUACCGUGGGACACGAUCCACAGACGAGUAAUGGUAACAGUCCAUUGCAGCAACAAAUGCAAACCGGUGGCUGGAUUGGAAUUCCAGAAUCAACUUUGGUCCAACGAUCGAUCAGAAACAACGACAACAGCAACGGUUGGAACCACCCAAUCACAUCGCCGUUUCAACAUUCUCAACAACAACAACAACAGUUACACGAACGGAAGCAGAAGGAAGUUAAAUCUGGGGAGUUGGGAGAUGAUGAAGAUGGGGGUGGAGGGGGUGGAGGGUUGGAGGGGACGGACCCAGAGGAGGACAACUCUGUUCACCUCAAGAGACGGGUGGGACUCGUCAGUGGGGUGGCUCUAAUCGUUGGUACCAUGAUAGGUUCUGGGAUAUUCGUUUCGCCGUCAGGGCUUUUAGUUCGGACUGGCAGUAUCGGAAUCAGCUUCCUGGUAUGGACGGCCUGCGGUAUGUUAAGUCUGUGUGGUGCGUUGGCAUACGCUGAGUUGGGCACAAUGAAUACGAGUAGCGGCGCCGAGUACGCUUAUUUCAUGGACGCGUUCGGUGCACCGCCUGCUUUCCUCUUCUCAUGGGUUUCGACAUUGAUCCUAAAGCCAUCUCAGAUGGCGAUCAUAUGUCUCUCGUUCGCGCAGUACGCGGUGGAAGCCUUCGCGGCCGACUGCGAUCCUCCCGAAGAAGUCGUUAAGGUCGUGGCGCUCCUCGCUAUUAUACUUAUACUGCUUGUGAACUGCUACAGCGUUAAUCUGGCCACUGGGGUACAAAACGCGUUUACCGCUGCCAAAUUGAUCGCCAUACUGGUCGUGAUAGCCGGUGGCUCGUACAAAUUGAUACAGGGUAACACGCAGCAUCUGAAAGGCGCGUUCGACACGAUGGACGGAAGCACCGUUAACGUCGGUAGAUUAGCUACAGCUUUUUACACCGGCCUAUGGGCGUACGACGGAUGGAACAAUCUUAAUUACGUUACCGAAGAGAUCAAAGACCCUUCAAAAAAUCUACCGCGUUCCAUCAUGAUUGGCAUACCCCUUGUCACGCUGUGUUACGCGUUAAUAAAUUUAUCAUAUCUAGCUGUGAUGUCCCCUUCGGAAAUGAUCGAAAGCGAAGCGGUCGCGGUGACUUUUGGAAAUCGGAUUCUCGGCGUUAUGGCGUGGCUUAUGCCGCUCUCUGUUGCGAUCAGCACCUUCGGUUCUGCAAACGGCACUCUUUUUGCAGCGGGUAGACUCUGCUUUGCCGCGUCUCGAGAAGGUCAUUUACUUGAUUGCCUCAGUUACGUACACGUGCGCCGUUUUACUCCUGCGCCAGGACUAAUUUUUCACUCCCUUGUUGCAGGAGCAAUGGUACUAUCCGGAAACAUAGAUUCUUUGAUCGAUUUUUUUUCAUUUACCGCUUGGAUCUUCUACGGUGGAGCAAUGCUAGCUCUGUUGGUGAUGCGAAGGACCAGACCGAAUCAUCCUCGACCAUACAAAUGCCCGCUGAUAAUACCUGUACUUGUACUUGGAAUCUCAGCGUACCUGAUUGUAGCGCCAAUCAUCGAUAAACCACAAAUUGAAUACCUAUACGCGACUGGAUUCAUAUUUGCGGGCAUGUUUGUCUACCUCCCAUUCGUUAAAUAUGGAUACGUGCCCAAAUUUAUGGAAGGAGUGAAUGCCUUUCUCCAAAUGUUACUCGAGGUGGCACCGACGGCUGCAGCCUUUGAUUGACUUCGAUCGAAUAGUAAAAUUAUUCUUUAAAUGCCAAAACAUUUCAUUACGGCAUCAUGAACGUUAUAUAAAUAUCUAUUUUAAAUGUGUAUAAACGAAAAUAUGUAUCCUAUUAUCAAAGUUCAAGGCUGGCCUGAAUGAAUUCAUAAAUACAUAAAAAUAUUAUUUUAUUACUUGUUAGUUAUACGAUACAUAGAACGCGUUGUUCUUGUAUACAACUACCAAAUGUUGUAGCAACUGAAAAAAUGACUAAAAAUAUUUUAAAUGUU